AAUCCAAAUAGGGGUUAUAAUAAAAUAAGACGGAGGGAGUAAUAGGGAAAUGCUAGUGCUGACAAGUAACGGGUUCGUUAUCUUAACCGUCCUCCACAUUUGGGGAUUUUGGAAGGAAAGAAGAAUUGAAAAUGGCUGUGAGAACAGGGUAUCGUAUCAUAGGAGGAAGGCAAAUAUGCUCCUCUCUGUUAUCUAUUCCUAGUCUGAGACACCAUCCUCAUCUUCCUCGCCCCGCUUCUUUUCAGAGGUUCCCAUCAUAUUCAAUUCAUCAGCCUGCAGGGUUUAAAUUUGGAAUUAGAUGUAUAAGUGAGAAGGCGGCUGGAAUGGGGAGAUUAAGAGAACCAUCAGGAUCCGAGAAUUGGAAGAUUAAGAUGCUGUAUGAUGGAGAUUGUCCGCUUUGCAUGAGAGAGGUGAAGAUGCUGCAAGAGAGAAACAAAGAGUAUGGUACUAUCAAGUUUGUGGACAUAAGCUCCGAGGAUUACUCUCCGGAGGAUAAUAUGGGGCUAGACUACAAAACGGUAUGUCUCUUUGUUCGGAAUCAUCAAAUCCCAUUUGUACCUAAUGAAUGAAUGAAUUAGUCAAUUGCAAAAUAUGAGAAGAUUUUGAGACGUACAUAUGCAUUAAAUGUUAAUUUUUUCAAACAAAAAUAACUUUAAAUUUUAAGAACAUUAUAAAAAUAAUUUUAAAAAACCUUUAUUAAUAAAUAAAACAAAAAAAUAGAAAAAUGGAAAAAACAAAAAAUAAGCGAGAAAUAAAAAUCAGGAGUGAUACCACCUAUGGUUUAAAAAAUAUAAACCAAUACCCCCU